AAAAAUGGCGACGCAUAAUUUGACAUGUUGUGAUACUGCAGGAGGAGAUACUUAGAAAGGAUACUGCGGAAAAUGGAAAACUAACUUACUACAAUGGAAAUAUUUUUCACACUGUAUUGAUAUGAAUUACGGGAAGCGAAUCAAGCUAGUGCUCCCAAGCCGAAGUGAAAGUGAGUACUCGUUGGGGGAUGAAUAUGAUGAUGAUGGAAAAAGCAGUAAAAGCUUUUUCUCUGAUGACAGUAAGGGCGGAUCCAACAAGGAUGUUACUGACAGGGUCAAUCGAAACUUGAGCGAGAAAAAGCGAAGAGACCAAUUCAACAUGUUGGUGAAUGAACUUUGCUCAAUGGUGUCCACUUCCAGUAAGAAGAUGGACAAGUCUACCGUCCUAAAGUCAACCAUAGCAUACCUAAAAACAUACCAAGAGACUGCAGUACAAGCUCAGGCCCAUGAAAUCAAGGAGGAUUGGAAACCUUCAUUUUUAUCCAAUGAUGAGUUUAUGCAUCUUAUGUUAGAGGCAUUGGACAGUUGCUUACUGGUUUUCACACAGCAAGGCAACAUACUUUAUGUUUCUGAGAGCAUAACAUCAUUGUUAGGCCACCUACCGGCCGACCUCACUAAUCAAUCUGUCUACAACUUUAUGCACGAAAACGAGAAGCAGAACCUGUACAACAUCCUUUAUCACUACAGCAUGCUGUCGCCCGAGGAGCGGGCAAAAGAGAAAGACCAGCUAUGCUGCACCUGUCACUUCCGUCGAGGGACAAUAUCCCCAAGCAGUAGCUCUCUGUUUGAAGUAGUCAGCCUGUCUGGGUUCCAACAUUGGAGCAGGGAUAAAUUGAGUAGUGUGGAAGAAGAGAGCAGUCAAUACAGCCUGAGCGGCCCCAAGGAGGACACCUGCUUCUGUUGUACGGUUCGGCUACAGAACCCCCAGUUUAUCCGGGAAAUGUCCAUGGUGGACGAGUCCAAAACAGAGUUUACCUCACGGCACAGUCUGGAGUGGAAGUUUCUAUUUCUAGACCACAGGGCCUCUCCUAUUAUUGGGUACCUACCGUUUGAGGUCCUAGGGACCUCUGGAUAUGAGUACUACCAUCCAGAUGACCUAGAUCAGAUCGCCAAGUCACAUGAGCAAUUGAUGCAGACAGGGGAGGGAACUUCGUCAUACUACCGAUUCCUGACCAAGGGACAGCAGUGGAUCUGGAUCAAGACUCGCUACUACAUAACGUACCAUCAGUGGAACUCUAAACCCGAGUUUAUUGUGUGUACCAAUGUAGUCGUUAGCUAUGCCGAUGUUAGAGAGCAAGUUUACAAGGAUUUAGGGAUUGACUCUAAAUCAGAAAACUCUGAACCUUUCCUCCGAAUUCAGCGAAGUCCCUCUGUCUGUUCUGUUACCUCAGGAGGGAGGUCGCGCUCCAACUGGUCGUCUUCACACUCCAUUGACUCGGCCAGUACAGAUCAGCACGUCAGUGGAAACCACAUGUCAGAUAAAGAGAGUGUGGAGGAACUUCCGUCGCAUAUAACGAAGGAUCUCCCGCACACAAUGACUCAACACAAACACUUACAGUUACUUCUCCAGCAGCGCUACCUUAACCAAGCCACCAACAGUGAGCCCAAGGCUCACAGAUACACGGAGCCCGCGGCCAAUAGCAACAAUUUACUACAGGCCAGCCCAGACAGGAUGGGAAUGAUGUCCAACAGAGGUGGAGCUGACAAUGUCUCAUCGACGUCUCACAUUCCGGUGAUACAUCCUGGUCGACAACUUCCUGUCAUUGAUGGACCAAAAUCUCCGGUACCACAAUUAUUUCUGACUCCAAUACAGAAGCAGCUCCAUGAACAGUUGAGAGAGAAGUCCCAAAAACUACAACAGGCUAUUCUAAAGCAACAGGAGGAACUCCAACAGAUCACACAGCAACUGGCCAUGGCACAGCAAGGAAUGCUCCCCCUGUCAGAUACAUCUAUCCCUAACCCAGGUGCGCCUGUUCUUAUGAAUCCACCAAUUGGAGCCACUGUGAUGACCAGUGCCCCACUUAACGUGUCGGCGGGAUUUCCCAUGCAGACAUCAGUAACACCAUCCCUACCACCAGAGCAACAGCAGUUCAUCCCAUUCCAGUUAUUGCCUCAUGACACAGAAUCAGUGUUCUCUUACACCUCAGACUGAGGCCUUGUUCAUUCUCAGGUCACUUAGAAACUCAUGUUACAAGAUUGUUUGUAUUGGAGAAGAGAGUGCCAUUUCAAUUAUGUGAAUGUGUAGUUUGUGUAGUGUUUCACAGACAUUUUUCUGCCAAGGCAUGAAAAUAUAACGAGCUGCUACACGUGUGUUUUGUAUUUGUUGUUGGGUUAUUAUUAGACAUAUACUUUAAACCAACUUUUAUGUGCUUGCGAAAUAUUUUUGCAAUGUUCGCAAGAGCUUUAUCGUUUGCAAAUAUUUCUCGCCACGAUUCAGUCUUUAAAUGCCUCUGGUAUAUUACCUAUUUUCCACAUUGUUUACAUCUUGUUUGCAAAAAUAGUAGCUGCCAUUAUAUCUUCAGUAAAUCACAAAAUAAAUUUGUCGCGAAUAAAAAUUGGUUUACAGUAUAUAUAACUGUUCUCAUCAUGAUGCAGGGGAAGACAGAAAAUUGAGUCAUUUUCUUCAUAGAGCCAAUGUUAAUUCUGAAACUAACAUUUUUGUAGAAUUCAUUUUCUACUGAAGGAAGAAUGUUAGCUUUUCUCUUCAUUAUAUUUAUAGCUGUUUAGGGAAAAUGCAAUUUCAUUGCAAUAAUCCAAGAUUAAGAAGAUAAGCUGUGUUGCCCACAUAUUAAAUCAUGUCAUUUAUUGUCAUUUCUGGUUAUGCAAAAGAAUAAGUUGAUAAUCCUUAAAAAAUGGUGUGAAUGAUGUAAGCAAGUAGGUGCAUAUGGUUCAAAUAACAAAUAAGGUUAGUACAUUAACUCAUCAACCAGAAUUUAUAAUGUUGAAAAUUGAUGCUAUCAUAAAGCUUUUGUAUACAUGAUGUUUUGAUAUAGGAUAUAUUUACUUCAAUGUACAUGUGUAUGGGUAAACGUUUGUUUGAUAUAAGAAUUAUUUUAUUCAACUUUAUAUGAGUGCAUUGAAAAACUAAAUACCUGUAUAUGUUCUCUCAUUAAUAUUUUUUAAUAUUUGCAACUCAUUUUUUUUUACAUCAAUAACUCUAUCAUCAUUGUAUAGGUUACAACCUGUUAUGUUCUCUCUGACAUGAUUUGAACUUCUGUAUCCAUGACUGUAACUUUAUCAAGUCUGUAACUUCUACCAAAGAUUGCAACCAGUGUCUCCGACCUCUACGUCACUGGCUAUAACCUCUCUAAAAAUUUACUUGUUUAUCAAUGACCUUGACCUCUGUGUCAAUAACUUUGACCUCUAUGUCAGUGACCUCAACCACUGUCAAUGACUUUGGCCUCUGUGUCAGUGACCUUGACCUCUUUGUCAUUGAAAUCAAGCUCUCUGUCAAUGACUUUAUUACUGUCAAUGAGUGUGAUUAUUUUUCAUGGACUGAGGUUUCUGGUUUCAGUUUAAUUUUUUUGUCACUAAAAAAAAAAAAUUAUCAACUUCAACUGCUUUAGCUUUGUACACAGUUUUAGCAUUUACAAAGUCUUUUUGCAGCAUUUUCUCUCCAUCUUACUACAAAUACUGGCUUUAAAUCUUUGUUUAUGUCACUGGUUAAAUAUUGCACACUUACGGUAUCAAUGUUUGGUUGCUAAUCAUUUUAACUUCGAGUUUGAUAGGUUUAAAAACGAAAUGUAGUCCCCUAAUUUAUCCUUGUAUUCUCUACAUGUAAAAACAUAAGUACGCACUUUGACUCUGUUCCUCAUACAUUCCUUUGUACUUUGAGCAAGAUGGGCUGACAAAUUGAAUUUUUUCUUUGUUUUUUUGGUCAUGGUUUUGUGAGUUUUAUUACACUUUAAACUAAGAAUUCAUGUUUCUUUAAUUCUGUUACCUGUCUUGUAUUAUGGUUGUGAUUAUUGAUGCCAAUGAAAAAUGAACGUGCUCACUGAUAUUAUUCCAAACCCCAUUAUUUUGUAAUGUACAAUCUUACAAACUGGUAUGCUGUCUUACAUUUAAAUCUAAGAUUUACUCUAUGUAACUAUGUCCAGUAACUCAGUGAUUGAUAUAUAGUUGUUUGUUAAUAGGUUUUCUAUAUGCAUCACUUGUUACCGGUAUCUGAAUCGUAUCUUUAUGCUCUAUGUGCAGGAGAUAUACCUUUCAAUAAUAAUAAUCUUGAUAUCAUAGGUCAUUAUAUUUGUAUUGUUCAAAUGUUUUUAGAAUUGUUGUUUUGGGGAGGGGGGAUUUCAAAGUGGUGGAACUAAGAUUUAAAAAUAUGCAUUACUUUAAAUUAAGCCAGUUUCUGUAAUCCAGAGAGAGUACCAUUGUAUGUGCUAUUAAUUUUAGAUAACUUUCGAACUGCUUUAACGUUUUUUCUUUCAUAUUGAACCUGUUUCAUUUCCUUGCCAGUUUUUUCUGAUUUUUUAAAAAUGUUUACUGUUUAUCUUGAAGCAAAAUGAUACAUCUCUAAAGAAAAAGACAUUUGUUCAUAUUGAAAUUAUGGAAAAUAUGUCUUAAUUUUCAUAUCCUUUUGUGUGUUUAGUAGAAAUAAUCUGUCAAAAUUGACUUAAAGUAGAAGAAAUAUCAUGGAUCUGAUCAAGACUCAAAGAUAAUGUGAUUUCUAGAAAAUAAUGCGAUAUGAAUCAGUGUCGGUAUUUGACCAGGGCAGUUUUUAAAUUAAUUUGCCAAUAUAUAGUUUUUGUAUGCAUAUGGCUCUUAGGAGACAUUUUGUUUUAUUAUCAUAAUGGUAGUGUCAAAAUAUUUUUUAAUUUUUUCGUCUUGAGAUGAAUUAUAAAAUGAAGAUAUGGUACAAUAUUGCACAACAUUUUGAUAAAUCUGUCAGUGAUUAUUUAUUUGAAGAAUCUUCAGAAGUGAAAUGGAGAGGAAAACUUGGCUUAGUCAACGAAUCAAUUCUGUCAAUUAAAUAUGAUUAAUAUAUGGUGCAAUAAGGCAUUAAAAAGAUAGAUGAUAUAUAUGUGUCUAAUAUAUAUAUUUAUAAUGAUAUAGAUGUUAAUUAUUUUGUUGUUGAUAUUAAACGUGCACUUGUACAACAAUUA